AAAACCUAGAGGGUGGCGUGAGAUUUAGGAUCAGGUGUUGUUCGUGAGAUAUGCCAACCACUGGUCAGCCAAACAAACAUGGCUUACUGUCCCUUUUUAAGCAUCUCACUUCACUUGUCUACCUUAGCUUCUUUUAUCCUACUUCGCAGUCUCCUCAACAAAGCAAAGGAGGAAGCGAAGCUCAUCACUUUGCAGGCUUUACUGCAUUACCCCUCACUGCUUUCCGAUAAAACUUGAAUCAUGAGUGAAGAGCUUGAGAAACCUUUGCUGGAUCCCGGGAAUUUCAACCGGGAGGGGAUUGAUUUGGAACGCUUACCACUAGAGGAAGUUUUUGAGCAACUAAGAACAUCCCGAGGGGGACUUACAUCUGAAGAUGCUGAAGCUAGAUUGGUUAUCUUUGGUCCAAAUAAGCUAGAAGAGAAGCCGGAAAACAAGUUUUUGAAGUUUCUAAGUUUUAUGUGGAACCCUUUGUCAUGGGUUAUGGAAGCUGCAGCCGUGAUGGCAAUUGUCCUUGCUAAUGGCGGAGGUCAGGGUCCUGACUGGCAGGACUUUGUAGGGAUUAUAUGCCUUUUGUUCAUUAAUUCAACAAUUAGUUUUAUAGAGGAAAACAAUGCUGGAAAUGCUGCAGCAGCACUUAUGGCUCGUUUGGCUCCAAAAACAAAGGUUCUCAGAGAUGGGCAGUGGCAAGAGAGAGAUGCAGCUAUUUUAGUACCAGGAGAUAUAAUUAGCAUAAAACUCGGGGACAUCAUCCCUGCAGAUGCUCGCCUUCUUGAAGGAGACCCUCUUAAAAUUGAUCAGUCAGCCCUUACUGGAGAAUCACUUCCAGUCACCAAGAGGACAGGAGAUGAAGUAUUUUCUGGUUCAACUUGUAAGCAUGGAGAGAUUGAGGCUGUGGUUAUAGCCACUGGUGUUCACUCUUUCUUUGGAAAAGCGGCACACUUAGUUGACUCCACAGAAGUUAUUGGACACUUUCAGCAGGUCCUCACUUCCAUUGGGAAUUUCUGCAUCUGCUCUAUUGCUGUGGGGAUGGUUCUUGAAAUCAUUGUCAUGUUCCCUAUACAGCACCGUUCAUACAGAGAUGGAAUCAACAACCUUCUUGUUCUCUUGAUUGGAGGAAUCCCUAUAGCCAUGCCAACUGUACUAUCUGUUACUCUGGCAAUUGGUUCUCAUCGACUCUCUCAACAGGGUGCCAUUACAAAAAGGAUGACUGCAAUUGAAGAAAUGGCAGGAAUGGAUGUCCUCUGCAGUGACAAAACUGGAACUCUGACCUUGAAUCGCCUCACUGUUGAUCGAAACCUUGUUGAGGUUUUUAGCAAAGACAUGGACAAAGACAUGAUUGUUCUGCUUGCAGCAAGAGCAUCAAGACUGGAAAAUCAGGAUGCUAUUGAUGCAGCCAUCAUUAACAUGCUUUCAGACCCAAAGGAGGCUCGUGCAAAUAUCAAAGAAGUCCACUUUCUGCCAUUUAAUCCGGUGGACAAACGUACUGCAAUUACAUACAUUGACCCUGAUGGUAAUUGGUACCGUGCCAGCAAAGGAGCUCCUGAACAGAUACUAAGUCUUUGCCGAGAGAAAAAUGAGAUUGCUGGAAAAGUGCAUGCUAUCAUUGACAAAUUUGCUGAAAGGGGCUUGCGGGCUCUUGGAGUUGCUUUUCAGGAAGUUCCAGAAAGAACAAAGGAGAGCCCUGGAGGUCCCUGGACUUUUUGUGGGUUGCUGGCUUUAUUUGAUCCUCCAAGACAUGAUAGUGCUGAGACCAUUCGUAGGGCCUUAAACCUUGGAGUUUGUGUAAAGAUGAUUACAGGUGAUCAGUUGGCAAUUGCAAAGGAGACAGGAAGAAGACUUGGCAUGGGGACAAACAUGUAUCCUUCUUCAUCAUUGUUGGGUCGUGAUAAAGAUGAGCAUGAAGCUCUUCCAGUGGAUGAACUUAUUGAAAAGGCAGAUGGCUUUGCUGGAGUAUUCCCUGAACACAAGUAUGAAAUUGUAAAGAUUUUACAAGAAAAGAAGCAUGUGGUCGGAAUGACUGGAGAUGGUGUGAAUGAUGCACCUGCUUUGAAGAAAGCAGACAUUGGAAUAGCAGUGGCAGAUGCUACAGAUGCUGCAAGGAGUGCUGCAGAUAUAGUCUUGACUGAGCCUGGCUUAAGUGUGAUAGUCAGUGCCGUCUUGACUAGCAGAGCUAUAUUCCAAAGGAUGAAAAACUACACGAUAUAUGCUGUCUCAAUAACUAUUCGUAUUGUGCUUGGUUUUGUGCUUCUUGCUCUGAUAUGGGAAUAUGACUUCCCACCUUUCAUGGUUUUGAUAAUUGCAAUCCUCAAUGACGGAACUAUCAUGACUAUUUCUAAGGAUCGAGUAAAGCCAUCUCCAAGGCCUGACAGUUGGAAGCUUAAUGAGAUAUUUGCAACUGGCGUUGUCAUUGGAACCUAUCUUGCUUUAGUUACCGUCCUAUUUUACUGGAUUGUAGUUGACACUGAGUUCUUCGAGACUCACUUCAAUGUAAAGUCUAUAUCCGACAGUAGUGAGCAAAUUUCCUCUGCAGUAUAUUUGCAAGUUAGCAUAAUCAGCCAGGCUCUCAUCUUUGUUACUCGCAGUCAAAGUUGGUCAUUCCUUGAGAGGCCUGGUGCUCUCUUGAUGUGCGCAUUUGUGGUGGCUCAACUGGUGGCUACCUUAAUUGCUGUGUAUGCACAUAUCAGCUUUGCUUAUAUUAGCGGCAUUGGAUGGGGAUGGGCUGGUGUUAUAUGGUUGUACAGUUUAAUUUUCUACAUACCUCUGGAUAUUAUCAAGUUCACAGUUCGGUACGCCUUGAGUGGAGAAGCCUGGAACCUCCUAUUUGAUAGAAAGACGGCUUUUACUUCCAAGAAAGACUAUGGGAAAGAAGACCGGGCAGCCCAAUGGGUUCUUUCUCAGAGGAGUCUACAGGGCUUGAUGGCUGCAGACUUGGAUUUCAAUGGUAGAAAAUCAAGAUCUUCUUUGAUAGCUGAGCAGGCCAGGCGGCGUGCUGAAAUAGCCAGACUCGGGGAGCUACACACUCUCAAAGGUCACAUAGAAUCGGUUGUGAGGCUCAAGAAUUUGGAUUUAAAUAUGAUCCAAUCAGCUCAUACUGUCUAAACAACAACGUGAAUAUUGUAUUACUCAGUUUUCGAGUGGACGUAAAUCUAUCAGCAGUUGCUUACAUAAGAAUUUUUGCGUAUAAUCCCAAAAGAAAUCAGGAUUUGUUCAAGAGUCACUAAAAUGGAAUCAGGGUUCUUCGGAAUGACGAACUCGUUCUUUUGGCUUCCAAGGCUGGCAAUGCAUAUCAACAGGCUGAUCAACUCCUGUCAUCUCUUAGUAUGUGUUGCAAAUUUUUUGAUAUAGAACAGGACUACUUGUCUAGAGAUUUCAAUAUUUUUCUUUUCAUUUCCAGAAAUUUUUGUAAUAUUUGGUCAAUCCCAAUACAAUAAGCUGCCUGACACAGUGGAAUUUUUA